AUGCAGUUUUACAGUUCUGGAGUUUCUUGCGUUACAGAAACUGUCCUUGUUGCUGUUUUUGAACAAAUAAUUGCUCCUACGACAAGACAGAAACAGGCAAAGAUCACCCACUCCUCAUAUCAAGUGCAAGACCCAUCACGAGAUCAAAAUAAGCUCUUCAAGAUAAUUGACACCUGUUCAGCCAUUCCAGCUGAGAUUGUACAACAAACACCAAGACAUGAAACAGCUUUUGUGACAACAGAGCAACUUUCCACACUUGCUCACAAUCUUGGACCAUGGAAUGAGCUGGCUAUAAAUCUGGGUAUGUCUCGAGGAGAUAUUUACAAACUGAAAGAAGAACACAAAAACGACCAAUGGGCUCAGGUUUUCUACAUGCUAGACAAAUGGAGCAAGAAGGAAUGUCCAAAGGCUAAUGUUGGAUUAUUACAUAUGAAUUUCUGUGGGACAAAAACUAUUGAUAAAGACAUGUAUGCCUUUCUGUUGGAAUAGACAUGCAUGGGGAAUUGUCAAACUCCAAUAAAUCAGACUGCUUGGUAACAGGUAUGAAACUUCACAGACAGGGCUGGGAGCAAAACCCUCUAAAUUAUUAAUAAUAAUAAUCUUAAUAUGUGUUACAUUAAAACUUACUUGGUAACGAGCAAUGGAGAGCUGUUGAU